AUGACAAGAAACCUAUUAUUUUUUAUUUAUUAUCAUGCUGUAAUUUUUAUGAUAUUUUGGAAAUUUGGAAAUGGAAAAGGUGGAGAUGAACAAAAAAGAAAUGUAAAAGAUCUUAUAAGAAGAUAUGAAAGUAUUAAUAAUUCAAACGAUUCAAAUUAUGAAGAUAGAGAUAAUGCACCAAAUAGAAGACAAAAUGUUGCAUUUGAUGAUCAGAAACCAAGUACAUCAUACGCAAAUAGAAACGAUGAUAAACAAUAUGGUCGUAUGAAUAUGAAAGAAAAUGCAAAAAAUGAUGGUAACAAUAUGGCAAAUGAUGAAGAUUAUGACGACGACAAUAGUAAAAGUGAAAAAUUUAAUUAUCAUGAGCCUUCUAACAACUAUAGAGGAAACAAUAAUUACAUGUAUGAUUCGAAUACCCAGAUUCCAAUGUAUAGCAAUAAAUCCAAUUUAUAUAGUAGUAAUUUUCGAGAUCCAAAUGAAAAUCACUCAAGUGAAAAUUAUGGUGAUCAAUACUCCCCCCAAAACAGCCCUAAUUAUUUAGAUAGAUCUUUUGAUGAUUUUAGGAACAAAUUAGGACUUAGUUCAGAAGAUUUUUCAAGGGAAACAGAGACUUAUUCCAAUACAACUAAUAAACGUAAUACUGGCUUAGAUAAUGAUUUAAAUUCCUUUGUAACCGAUGAUAUUCAAUAUACGAAAUAUGAAAGUACAGAAAAUCCUAUUAAUUCAUCUAAUCAAAGACGUGAUAGUGGAAUGAGACAAUCACCAAACAAUGAAUAUAAUGAUAGAAAUAAUAAUAAUGGUAAUAAUAGAAAUUCAAAUAUGUAUAUUAACCCUAACGAAUAUGAUGAUACUUAUACCAAUUCAUAUGGAUAUAAUAGUCAGAACAAAAGUAUCAAUUCAUCAUAUGUAAUGAGGUAUGGACUAAAUGGCGGCAAUGAUAAUAUUGAUCAACAAACUAUUUAUUCUAAUCCUAUAGACUACACAAGCUCAAAUAAUAAUUAUAGCUCAAGCUUUGGAGGAAAUAUAAAGCCGAGAAACAUACAACAUAUAGAAAAUGAUAACUCUAGUAUAUUAAAUAGCCAAAGAGAUUAUGAAGAUAGUGAUAGAAACAGUAGCAGAUAUGGUGAUAAUAGAAGUAAUCGUCAAAAUAAGUCACCCAUAAGAAAUAUUGAUCGUGGAAAUAAAGGCGAUGCACAAAAUAGAAGUAAAAGAGUAGCCCAUGCUAAUAGUAUUCCUAUUUUGCAUAGAAAAUAUGAUGAGGAAAGACAACCAACAGCACAUAGUACCAUAACCAAUAAAAUAUUAGCAUCUUAUAUAGAUAUAUAUACAGCACAGCAAAGAAACAUAUUUUAUAAUAAAAAUACAAGAGUGGAAAAAAGCCCUAUCAAAAAUUUUUUUAAAAUGAGCAAUAGCAAUGAUAAAAUAAUAUCGGUAACAGAAGAGUUAUUAAAUAGUUCUAAACAAUGCAUAAUAAAAAAUAUUAAUAAAUUAACGAACGAAGUAUUACUAAAAAAUUUAGCUUUAAAUAAUACAAAUAUGAUAAAAAAUUAUGAGCAGGCUGUUUCGUAUGUUGUAUUUAAUUCAAAAAUUAAGAAUAGGGAAUCGCAUUUAGAUAUAAAAUCGGUACCAUAUAACUAUUCUGAAGCAUAUGUAGAAAACUCUUCAGUCAUAUUACCUAACAUGUACAUUUUAAAUACAUAUGAAUUUAUGUUAUCAAAUCAAAGAAUAUGUGGUAAAUUUAGAACAAUAAUAAAAAAUAAAAAAAGAGACAACAACUUAAAACCAGUAGAUGUAGUUUUAAUGUUAUCAUUUGAUUAUAUUAAAAACAUGAACCCUAUACUUGUUUCUAAUCUUAUGCAAUUUAUCAAAACUAAACAAAGUAUAUAUAUGAAAAAAUAUUAUUUUAACAUUAUGGUGGCAUUAAUCCCAUUUAUUAAGCCGGCUCUAAAAAUAUAUUAUGGUGAAAAGAUUUAUAAAGAUUUAACAACAUAUAAAAUACAAUCAGAAAUAAAAAAUAUAUUUGACGAAUUAUUACUUAUAUCAAUAAAAUGGGCACAAGCUUUUAAAGACAAAUAUUCUGCAACUGACAACAAGGUUAUUUUAGAUAUGCAUCGAACGAUUUCUGAAUUUUCAACAAGUAAAACUAGAACAUUAAGUAAGACUUUUGUAUCUUUAGAAAAUAUCUUAUAUAAAGAAUUAAUAACUAGUGACAUGAUCGAUAAUAAGGAUGACAACCAAAAGGUUUUAAUAAGUUAUAUUGUGAAAUGCUUUAGGAACAUAUAUUAUACCACUUUCUAUAUGAUGAGCAAUAAAAGAACCUAUUAG